AUGCAAGAAGAAGAAGUUCCAGCCAACGAGAAUGCGUCUGACGAUGCACUUCGCAUAGGGGAGGAACCGAUUCACGAGGAUAUGGAAAUUGAAGACGAGCGACAAGAAGAAGAAGAGGCUCCUGCCGAAGCCGCUCCACAAGUCGCCGCUGAAGAUGAAUCCGUUGAAAAAUCAAAAAUCCAAAAGGACGCAUUCAUGGAAAUGUUCCGAAAGGCGCCGCGGAUAAAGGACAUUCUUCCAGAUUUACGAGAAUUUAUGGAACAUCCGGAUGUGAUUGAAUGGGAUCGAAGAGAGGUUGAGCACUUGGUUGAGUUGAGAAUUCAAGAAGAGAAAGCGAAACGAAAGGCUGAGAAGGCAAAAGAGAAGCAACAGCAACAAACGGUUGUGCCGCCCGUGUUUUCAGCAGAUUCUUUACAAUCCGCCGUCGGCUUCGAUCUAGCUGGAAUACUUCAAAAAAUCAAGCCGCUUACACAACCGCUCGUUGUCCCUAUUGCUCAACCGGUUUCAGACGAUCAGCCACUAUCAUCAGAAUUAGUUUCUUCUGUUCGAGUGCUACCACCAACGCCAACAAUAAAUCUGACCAUGUCAUUUUACGAGCGACAAGAAGAAGAAGAGGCUCCUGCCGAAGCCGCUCCACAAGUCGCCGCUGAAGAUGAAUCCGUUGAAAAAUCAAAAAUCCAAAAGGACGCAUUCAUGGAAAUGUUCCGAAAGGCGCCGCGGAUAAAGGACAUUCUUCCAGAUUUACGAGAAUUUAUGGAACAUCCGGAUGUGAUUGAAUGGGAUCGAAGAGAGGUUGAGCACUUGGUUGAGUUGAGAAUUCAAGAAGAGAAAGCGAAACGAAAGGCUGAGAAGGCAAAAGAGAAGCAACAGCAACAAACGGUUGUGCCGCCCGUGUUUUCAGCAGAUUCUUUACAAUCCGCCGUCGGCUUCGAUCUAGCUGGAAUACUUCAAAAAAUCAAGCCGCUUACACAACCGCUCGUUGUCCCUAUUGCUCAACCGGUUUCAGACGAUCAGCCACUAUCAUCAGAAUUAGUUUCUUCUGUUCGAGUGCUACCACCAACGCCAACAAUAAAUCCCUCACAGGUGGAGUGCGGCAGAGCUGGCUUCGAUACACCGCACCCUAAUGUGGCACCAGCGGAUUUGAGAAAUGUAAAGCCAGAGAUGAUCGCUCCGAUUCCAGAUGAGUUACGAGUGCUUCCAGAUCACAACAGAGUGAUGCCCAUUCCAAACGAGCUACUUCCACCCGAUCAACAAGUUCCUGAACAGACUCCAAUUGUAUUCGUCCGUCCACCUCUGCGAAAAACGUUAUUCCUGGCUGGCGCUCGUGCUGGAAAGCGAGCAGAACGGCUGAAAAAGGACGAGAAGCAAGGGGAAAGUAACCGAAAAAAGAAGAAAAGGCUACUUGAAGAGGCUAGAGAGCAGGCGAACCAGGAAAACAGUCGAGCCGGUGGCUUCCCGAGACGUCGAGGAUUCAUAGAACUGACUGGAAUGAAUGCGUUACCUGCUGGACUCAACAAGAACUCGCCGGUGUCUGUGAAGAGAUAUCAUGCUAGACAACUGGCGAAAGAGACGGGAAUGUCUGUGGAAGAAGCGAUGAAGGAGAUUGAAGAGCAAUGUAAUGAGUUUGGAUGUGAGGACACUCCAGAAGCCAGGGAGCAUGAUGAGCGAGCGAUGGAAUUGAUAAAGAAGCGAGGAGAGGAGCGGUGGAAUCAACGAUACAAUUAUACGCCUGCCGAUCAUUCGAAGGGUAUUCCAGGAGUGGAUAGACCGCCAGCAGGGCAUCCACCGUCGAAACGAGCAACCACUACCGAAAAGAGCAGACAUCGAGACGAGGAGUCGAUUCCAGCAGUUAAUCGACCUCCUGUGGGAUAUAAUAGAGAACCCGUCCCUGGAGUCGAUCGACCACCUGCGGGAGAUAGACCCGAUAGAUCCAGAGAACCUAUCCCUGGUGUUGAUAGACCACCAAUCGGAGAUCGAGGAUAUCGUAGAGAGGAUUUUAGAGAACCGAUUCCCGGCAUCGAUAGGCCUCCUGGAGAGAAACGAAGAUCGCGAGGAGGUGUGAAGGAGAGGGAGAAGAAAAGGAAGAGAGAAGAGUUCCGAGAAAGAGGUCGAGGUGGUCGUGGUGGAAGAGGAGGAGGACGUGGUGGAUUCGAUAGAGGAGGUGGGUACGGUAGAGAGCCAAAGGCUGGAAGAUACGACGACUACUCUCGAGAUCAAUACAGUUCGUAUCAAGGUGGCGGAUAUGAUGGAUAUGACGAUAGAGGAGGAUAUGAUGACUAUUAUGGAAGACACGAGGGAUACGAUAGCUACAAUCAGUAUGGUGGUUAUGGGACUCAAGAAGGAGAAAAUGGCUAUGGUUACGAUCAACAGGGAGCUGAUGCUUAUUAUCAGCAAGGGUAUGAAGGCCAAGAAGCCGCGACGUCAUCGUAUUAUCAAGAGGACGGCAGCCAGUACUACAACGAAUACUAUGGAACAAGUGAUCAGCAAGGAGCAGAAGGAGGCGGUCAGCAGGAGUACCAUGCAACAUUCGGCGAGCCAUCCACGUCAUCAUCUGCAAAUCAACCACCGGCAGCAUAA